UCACGUACCGUCAUCACCAACCACGUGCGCGUGCCUCACCCAGUUCCAGUACCUUACCCAGUCGACAGAGCCGUACCAGUACCGGUUGAAAGAAUAGUCCAUGUGCCAGUUGAUAGGCCCGUUGCCGUGCCAGUCGACCGACCGGUGGCUGUACCGCACCGAGUCGAAGUACCCGUCGAUCGGCCUGUGCCCGUUCACGUUCCCCAGCCGUACCCCGUAACCGUGGAACGGCAAGUGCCCGUUCACAUCGAAAGGGCAGUGCCGGUUCCGGUUAGAGUGCCCGUCAGAGUCAACGUGCCCGUUCCUUACAAAGUGGGAGUACCGCAGCCCUAUCCCGUGGAAGUGGCCAAGCCCGUGGCGGUGCCCGUGCCCCAGCCCGUUGUGUACAGGGAGCAAGUACCGGUGCCGCAACCCGUUGUGGUUAGAGAGCAAGUACCGGUUGCUCAACCUGUUGUGGUUAGAGAGCAAGUUCCUGUGGCUCAGCCCGUUUUGUACAGGGAUGCGUUGAAUUCUUUCGUGCCUUCGCAUGUGAGACAACAU